ACUUUUCCGCUCACCAAUUCAUCCUUCUCUGUCUCCUCUUCGUUCUCUCCUUCUCCCGCUAACUAGAAAACCAGCGGCAAGCAAAAUCAAUCAGCGCGACCACCUGUUUUUUUUGGCCUCCGAGGGAAUCUUAGCUUCGAUCCUGUGGGAUCUCUCUAUAAACGAAGUUCGUUAUGGCGGCCCUUCAAUGUGAUGAAGCCAAAGAAAGUACCAUCGAAGUCAAAGCAGCAAAGGACGUAGAGGCUGCUGCCGAGCACCGUUCCCCUGAUGUCUGCAGCCAUGAAGCAACUGUCAACGGCGACAUCGCUCCAAAGGACGUACAGGUUUCCGGGAACAGCUCCAGUGAUGAUGCAGCAAACGAAGUACAGCCUGCAGGAAAAAGCACCGUUGAUGUCAGCAAGGAAGCAACGCUGUUGCUCAGCGCUCUCUCGGUGAAGGAACCGGUGGCUUCUGCGCAGCCGGCCCCGCCGUGCAGCAAAGAAACAAUCGUGACGGUAAACGUCCAUGCAGCCAAGGAUCUAAUAGCUUCUGGUCAUCGCUUCCUUGAUGUCAGGACCAAGGAAGAGUUUAGCAAUGGACACUUGGAAAACUCCAUCAACGUUCCUUUCUUGUUCUUUACACCUCAAGGCCGAGAGAAGAACCCUAAAUUUUUGGAGGAGGUUUCAUCUAUUUGCUGCAAAGACGACCAUAUUGUUGUGAGCUGCCAAACUGGAAAUCGUGGAUCAAUGGCGUGCACUGCUCUCCUCAGUGCGGACUUCAAGAAUGUCAAGAACAUGGGAGGAGGGUUUGAAGCUUGGGAGAGCAAUGGCUUUGAGCUGAAAAAGCCAGAGGAUGGAUCCAAAAUGUAAAGAACAUGCCUGUGGUUUCACCUUCGAUAUAAUGAGCCUAUUUCUCAAUAAAAGAGCAUUAGCUAGUCACUUUCCUUUUUCUUGAUGUUGUAACAAUCUCUAUUGGUUUCUUGUAUUGGCCCUUAUAAUUAAUAAAUUGAUGCCAAUCUUCCAGUUGGCCGUUUCUAUA